AUCACAGAAUUUACAAACUAUACCCAUUUGCUCUUCACAUGGAAGUUUCUGAAGUCUGCUUGUCAAGAGGGCGCAGCUGCAAUUUUCACUGUAUAGUACUGAAACUGAUGGCUUCCCUUUGUGGAAUUAAACAUUUGCGAAAGGGUGUUUAGUGCACUUUUAGCAUUUCUAAAACUACACUUAUAGAAGUAACUUUUUUCAAGACAAAAUAUGAAAAACACAUUGUUUAUUGUAACUUCUAUACCACCUGAGCAAUGCAUGGAAGGCAGUUCUCAUGCCAAUGUAGCACCCAAUUGGCAGACUGGAAAAGACACAGUACUUUUUGGAAUGCACAGAUUCGUGAGCAUCAUAGUAUGGUAGUGAGAAGGAAAAGCAGUUGUAGGUCAAGGCUGGACACAACUUUGUAUCCUCCCCCCCCCCCCCCAUCAUUUCGGAGAAAUGGCUUCCUUUUUGGUACAGCAAAUUUUGAAAUUAGCAUCUCAGCUGAUCCUUGCCAAUACCAAGCAGCAGCUUACUCAGUUUUUUGUUUCCUUCUUUAUUCUGCCCCUGGGCACCCUAGGAAGGCUGUACCUCUUCAUCAGACCAGCCAGACAUUUGCUCAUUGCUGCAGCCUCUCAUGAGAAAGAAUCUGUCCUCCCAGGAAGCUGACCCUGCCAUGCUUUCAGCUCUCAGGGAUCCCAUGGGGCACAGCGGAGGUGAGACCUGCAACAAUGGACCAGUCCCCAGGGGACUAUGCCUUCCAUUAGCCAAGAAUUCCAGAUGACUGAAUGUGAGGCCACGGGGCCCAAGGGGCAAGUGAAUAAAAACUGCUUCCUCAUUUCUCCUUAUUACCAUUGCCUCAUGCUGGUCCUUUCUCUCUAUGUCAAACUUAUCAUUCUAACUUGACGGAGGGUGAUUCAUAGGUGGUAAACUUGAGGAUCUGGGUGCCAAGGGUGAAUCUUUUAAAAAGUGUUCCUUAAUUGCCUGCCCUGUGCUGUGGAUUUGGCAGAUAAUGUGUCCCUGCUCUCAGGAAGCUCUUGACAGAGUGGGGGAGAGGCAAGGAAAUCAGCAAGUGUGGUAUGCUGAGGAGAUGGAAGGGGAGGGACCCAAGAGAAUACACAAGGGGUCUCCUAACUAAGGGCAGUGAUGUGGUUCCACAACUCUUGCUUGACAAAGCAACAAGAACACUGAGUCCAGAUGAGUAAGAAUAUAAGGAAUACUUGGUAGGCAACACGUGAAAAUACCCCCAGACUACAAAGAGAGAAUAAACAGUGUUAGACAAAUCAGUGAAACGAAAACUAGGACUAGCUAAUUUUGCAGGGUCUUGUCCUGCGACCUGAGAGAAGCAGGGGUACUGCUGAGGCAAGGGAAGAGACAGGAUCAGGGGUGUCAGAGGACGGGGAAGUCACACAAAGGAGGAAAGUGCGGCCGUCUUCUCAGCUUCCCAGCCUGGUGCUCUGCCCUGAAAGGUCCCAGGUUCUGUUCCUGUCUAAAAGUGGGUUAUGUGACGCUUAGGGACACAAGGAGGAAAGGUGAGCAGGGGGGAGGGUGGCUCAAGAUGUUACCAGGGUAAUUAGUAUUUUGCUUUGACCCACCAUACAAGCAUUGAAGCAUAUAACAUUCUCAGUCCCAAUUCCAAAAGCUCAGCUCACUCAUCAAUAUUUCAGCAUUUAUCUUGAAAAUUCUCUUCUUUGGCUUUCAUCUGUAAUUUGAAAAAUCCUUUUCCUUAAUAACACAGCAAAAAAAAAAAGAGAGCCGCUGCACAUGAAUGCCUUCUUAUUAAUCCCUCCCUCUGUAUAGGCAAUAGGACCCCCUGGGCAAGAGCAUCUAAUCUUCCCAAAUCUCUUUCUGGGGAGGCUGGAGAGGCUACGGCCAGCCGGAUGACAAAUUGAUCAGAAUAAAGUGGCACUGAUCCCUUCCCCCAGCACACACUCAAACUCUGCAGAGCUGGUAGGAGAGUUGCCACCGAAGAAAAGAAAGCCUUCCGUUUCUCACUGCUAGAAUUCAGGAGGAAAGUGUGAGAGAUGUAAGACAGAGGGGGGCUAGAGGAAGAAAACAAGGAAAGACGGGAGGGGGGGACGACACAGGGGGUGAGACACGGGGAAGGAACAGAGGAAACCUGACAUGGGAAAAAAGAUGGAAGAGGGAAAAGUUCAGGGAGAGGAAGAGAGCUGAUGCGUGGGGAAACUGGACAAAGAGCAGCCAGGAGGAAACUCCUGGCCUCACUUCCCACCUGUGAUCCCUCUCAAGCUUACAAAGCCAAUCUCUCCGCCAUGCUCUUCCCGUACCUCCACCCAGGACAGUUGUUCCUUCCCACAAGCAGGCCUGGGAAUGGACACUGAGGAGGAAGGAUUUUGAGAGCUACAACAGGUGACAGGCUCCAGAGAUUACCUGAGGGAGGGAAACCACGCAGGGGAGAGAAGGCACAAUUACCAGGUUGGAGGGGAUAAGAGAAAGAUAGAACUGGGCAGGUAAAGAGAGGGGCAGUCUGUGGGCCACCAUCCACCAUGCCUCCAUCCAUAGGGUACAGAAAAGCAGUCCCUGCAGUCAGCCUCUUCUACACCUUUGUUUGACCUUAAGCUGUCAUCUUUAGGAUACCAUGGGGCUCCCCCAUGACCUCUGUGGGGUCUUUUUCCCUUAGAAAAAGCAUUAAUUAAGACUUUACUCUAGUGCCCUAUCUUGGCUCCAGGCUGAAAAGAAGACUGUUGGGUACAGGGGUAAUAAGGCUGCCUGUGUAUGAGCAUUCCUCCCGGAGAGUUGGAGGCUGGACCUAACACCUCAGGCUCUCCCCAAGCGGCAGCUCAGCAGCCCAAGCUCCUCCCCAGUACUCAGACAAGCUGGGAACCCCACUCCAGCUGCUGGCGACUGUGCCUUUAAAUUGCUGCUUUCGGAGGGUGCAUCUAGGGGGAUGUGGGAGGGAGGGAAACAUCUUUCUACCGGGCUCCUUCCUCCCUCCCCUCCAAGACUCUCCAGGGUUUGCAGAGUGAUUGCUACCCAAAGAGAAUCUUUUCUGGCUCCCUGACCGGCAGGCUGAGGCCCUCCUCAGUCCAAGACAAGUCCAAGCCGGAGCUGGAGCUGGGAGGGUUAUGCGUGUCAGGUUCAGUUCCAGAGGAAUAGUUCUAGACCCUGACUGCUAAGGACAGGGCAGGAAAGAGUCAGGAGAGGAAAAAGAGCUCAACUCCUAGCCCAGCCACACAGGCUCCUUAUUCCAGCCCAAGUUGGAGAAGGGCUCUAUACUGUUGGCUUUCCCACAGGGAUACCUGCUCUCACCUUGGCAGCCAGGCUGAGAAAGGACUCCAAGGUCCCUCUGCAGCAUGACAACUCUUGUUCCUGCAACCCUCUUCCUUCUUCUCUGGACCCUGCCAGGGAAGGUCCUCCUCAGUGUGGCUUUGGCAAAAGAGGAUGUCAAAUCUGGGCCCAAAGGGUCCCAGCCCAUGUCCCCCUCUGAUUUCUUGGAUAAGCUAAUGGGACGAACCUCUGGAUAUGAUGCCAGGAUUAGGCCCAAUUUCAAAGGCCCACCUGUGAAUGUGACCUGCAACAUCUUCAUCAACAGUUUUGGCUCCGUCACUGAGACCACCAUGGACUACCGGGUAAAUGUCUUCUUGCGGCAACAAUGGAAUGACCCACGUCUGGCCUACCGAGAAUAUCCUGAUGACUCUCUGGACCUAGACCCCUCCAUGCUCGACUCUAUCUGGAAGCCAGACCUCUUCUUUGCCAAUGAGAAAGGGGCCAACUUCCAUGAGGUGACCACAGACAACAAGUUACUACGCAUCUUCAAGAAUGGGAAUGUGCUCUACAGUAUCAGAUUGACCCUCAUUUUGUCCUGCCCAAUGGACCUCAAGAACUUCCCAAUGGACAUCCAGACCUGCACAAUGCAGCUGGAAAGCUUUGGCUACACGAUGAAUGACCUCGUGUUUGAGUGGCUAGAAGAUGCUCCUGCUGUCCAAGUGGCUGAGGGGUUGACACUUCCCCAAUUUAUCUUACGGGAUGAGAAGGAUCUAGGUUAUUGUACCAAGCACUACAACACAGGAAAAUUCACCUGCAUAGAAGUGAAGUUUCACCUGGAGCGGCAGAUGGGCUACUAUCUGAUUCAGAUGUACAUUCCCAGCCUACUCAUUGUCAUCCUGUCCUGGGUCUCCUUCUGGAUCAACAUGGAUGCUGCCCCUGCCCGCGUAGGCCUCGGCAUCACCACUGUCCUCACCAUGACAACCCAGAGCUCUGGAUCUAGAGCUUCUUUGCCUAAGGUCUCCUAUGUGAAGGCGAUUGACAUCUGGAUGGCUGUAUGCCUGCUCUUUGUAUUUGCUGCCCUGCUUGAGUAUGCUGCAGUCAAUUUUGUCUCUCGUCAGCACAAAGAAUUUUUGAGACUUCGUAGAAGGCAGAGACGCCAACGCAUGGAAGAAGACAUCAUACGAGAAAGCCGCUUCUAUUUUCGUGGCUAUGGCCUAGGACACUGCCUACAAGCAAGGGAUGGAGGUCCAAUGGAAGGUUCCAGCAUUUAUAGUCCCCAACCUCCAGCCCCUCUUCGAAAGGAGGGAGAAACCAUGAGAAAAGUCUAUGUGGACCGAGCCAAGAGAAUUGACACUAUCUCCAGGGCUGUCUUCCCCUUUACUUUUCUUGUCUUCAAUAUCUUCUAUUGGGUUGUCUAUAAAGUUCUAAGGUCAGAAGAUAUCCACCAGGCACUGUGAAUAGGGUGGAGGCUAGAGUGUACAGCUUCUAGCUUCCUGCUUUCAGCUGGGUGGGCUUUUCCCUUCCAUCAAACUCUGUCGGGAGCUUGAACAGUUCCUUCUUGACCUCCCACUCAUAAGGUCAAUCACCAGUUCCCAAGCUAUAUGGGAACUGCCCAGUGCCAACGGUGGCUGUACUUACAAACAUGGCUUAUCUACCCAAUCCAGAUUUACU